GGUGUGUGCGAGAGGAGGCGAGUCUCUCUAGGCAUCGACUUGCAAACGGGCAUCUCAGCCAGUCCGAGCAGAAAAAGGAAAACCAGGAACCGCUGUAAUUUCGAGCCUUUUUUGCGAUGUUCUCGACGACAUUUCUUCGUCGUCUGCUUUGAUCCCGUCGAAGUCUCCGUCUGUUCGGACGCCAGCCACAUAAAGAACCGCGGAAAUUGAUGCGUGUUGCUCCGCGGUGCUGUUUGUUUUGACCUGUGAAGCUAGAAGGGAAUCCUGCUAGAGGAUCAGCGGUCUGUCAAUGAGGAACUACCGGCUCAUCUUCUGCCACAACCUGAAGCAGCCAUAGAUGGUCCAGUGGUUCACUGGCCAGAGGAGGAGAGGAUAGGACACACUGUCACUGCUACACGACGUAAGGUUUCAGCGGAAUUGUGGUGAGGAGGAGGUGGCGGAGGAAGAGGCCAUGAGGAAGAGCGUGUCUCCGUUGCCAGGCAACGAGGGCGAGGGCUCAGCCAGCACCGCUCGGGUUUUUGGCGUUCCUUUGGAGGAAGUGACGCGCGCGCACACAGUCAGCGGCCAUGAGGUUCCUGCACUGGUCAAACACAUCGUUGACUACAUCGAGGAGCACGGUCAGCUGGACUUGGAGGGGCUCUUCCUGGUUAACGGCAACGCGGAGCGAGUAGACUGGCUGCGUCAGCGCUACGACAGCGGCGAGGAGGUGGAGCUGGAAAAGGAGGCUGAUCUGGCAUCAGCGGUUAGUUUGCUCCGCCUCUUCCUGCAGGAGCUUCCUGAACCUGUCAUACCAACGGCUCUGCAAGGACACAUCCUGCAGCUCUACCAAGAUUACAGCAAUGAGGAGGAGCUGUGCAGAAACCUGAAGUACCUGCUGCAGCAGCUGCCCCAUGUGAACUACGGGCUGCUCCGCUUCCUGUGCCGCUUCCUGGCCAGCGUGGCUUCCCUCCAGCCGGACAGCUGGACCGUCGGGGCGCUGGCCGCCGUCUUUGGACCCGACAUCUUUCAUCUGUCCGCUGAGAGGGAGGACAUUCAGGACCAGGAGUCGGUUAGCAGAGUCCUGGCUGAGCUGCUGGACAACCAGGAGGGACUGUUCGACUCGGAGGAUGAUGACGUGUCCACCACCAACGACUACAGCUCCAUCAACGAACAGAUCACGGAGUUGUUGGACGAUGAGAAGUGCGAAGCAGAAUGUGAAGAACUGCCGCAGGACGGGGAGGAAGGACCCGCCGCCUCCGACUCACACAGCCACACCGACGACGGCCGCACAGCCAGCUCCCACCUCUCCCCCAUGUCCAUCCUGCCUGCUGACUCUGCUGAGAUAAUUCAGAGGAGCAUCAGGGCUGCAGUGGAGCAGCACUUCUUUGAGCUGAAAACCAACAUCAGCAGGAGGAUGAGUCCCUCCGAGCCUGAAGAGCAGGGUUGCCAUGACGACGAGGAGGAAGAGGAAGAACAACAAACUGACCCCGAGGACAGUCCCUGCGAUGCAAAGAGGGAGACCCCGCUCGAACCGAGCGAGAGCGACGCAGAGAAUUCAUUGGGGGCCGGCGGCGUGGAGGAGAGCUCAGGAAUGGAUCUGGAUCCAGAAGCUGCCAAAGAUGCUGGGAAGAACUUCAACACUGCCAGGCAGGACAAUCAGCCGCUGGACGCGAUGGAGCAGAUGGUCACCAUCAGCUGUGAUUUGUUUGGCUGCGAUCAGAACGCCAACACCAGCGAGGCCAACAGGAACCGCCUGUCGCCGUGCCAACCACGCUCCGCCCCCCACAGCCCCGACCUCCAGCUGUUCCCAGAUGACCGGUGGGAGGCGUCACCUCUUUCCCAUCUCCACCUCCCUCCCAUCGACUUCUCAUGUAUGCACCUGCAGAAAGAAGGCCAAGACCCGGUUCCGGCGUUCAAAUCCUGGCAGGAUGACACGGACAGCGGCGAGGCGCAGCUGUCGCCGCUCGCCGGACGCCUGGUUCCGCUGCCGCUGGUGGGCAACGGCGAGGAGGACGACGGCGACGGACUGCAGGACGACUCGCCGUCCUCUUCGCGCUCGCACCCGCACAUCCUGGCCCGCCGCUUCCUGGACUUCGGAGCGCACAGCACCCAGCGCUUCCUGCAGCAGGACGCGGACGCCGCCUCGCCCUGCAAGGCGCAGCGGCCGCGGCGCGCCUCGUUCGGCUCCAGGGAGACCAUGAGGGGAGAUUCGGUGACCCAUCAGCUCACCAAGAAGCUGCAGCAUCUGAAGAAGAAAAUCAAACAGUUUGAGGAGCAAUUUGAGAAGGAGAGGAACUACAAGCCGUCUCACGCAGACAAGGCAGCGAACCCCAAAGUCCUGAAGUGGAUGACCGACCUGACGAAGAUCCGCCGACAGAUUAAAGGACGCCAGCACCUCCUUUCCCCCAGAAGCUCGCUGAGGCACCAGGCUUUGCUCCAUUCACGCCACGCUGCCCCCCCCUCCUCUUCCUCACCCCCCCACCUCACUCCCCCCCUCCCGCUCCACCCCGCCUCAGCCUCUAGACCGUGUCACCUCAACGCCAAACACUGUGCGGAGAGCGAGCUGGGCCCGCAGACCCGUCCCCGUAGCAACACCCUCCCCAAGAGCUUCGGCUCCACGCUGGAGCAGGGCGGCCACGACGCGGCGGGGGAAGUCCGGGGCCCGCGCCCCACCAAAGAAGAAACACUGGAGCUGAUCCAGUGCCGCGUCAAAGGGAAGCGGCAGGAGGACGGCUGGCCGGACGACAUCAAGAAGAUGACCAAAGAGCAGCUGUCCUGUGAGAAGAUGGUCCUUCAGAAGAACUUGCUGCACUACGAAGGCCUCCAUGGUCGACCAGUGACCAGAGAGGAGCGGCUGGUGGUGAAGCCUCUCUACGACCGCUACAGGCUGGUCAAGCAGAUGCUGGCGAGAGUCAGCAUCAGUCCAGUAACGGUGUCGCCCUCCAGCAAGAGGCGCAGCCAAACCCUCCAGCCAAUCAUCGAGGGAGAAACCGCUCACUUCUGGGAAAUCAAAGAGGAGGAAGAGGAGGAGCAGAAAGGUGGCGAGGAGGAGGAAAAGGAGGAGCGGGAGGAAGAGGAAGACGAGGAGGAAGAGGGCGAGAGCAGCGGCGGAGAGAUGCAGAGCUCCGAGGUCAUCAUGGCCUUGGAGGCCGUGACCCCGAGCGGCGGGUCGGUGAGGAGCCAACCGGAUGGGCUGAGCGACAAGAUGGAGGAAGGGUCCGGGCGGCUGGCGCUGGACCUGCGCCUGUCCAGCUCCAACGCCUCGUCCAUGCCAGAGCUGCUGGAACAGCUGUGGAAGGCCAGAUCAGAGAAGAAGAAACUGAGAAAGACGAUCCGAGAAUUCGAGGAAGAUUUCUAUCAGCAUAACGGGAGGAACGUCCAGAAGGAGGACCGGGUGCCGAUGCUGGAGAAAUACCGCGAGUACAAACGGAUCAAGGCCAAGCUCCGCCUCCUGGAGGUCCUCAUCAGCAAACAGGAUUCCUCCAAGUCCAUCUAGGUUUCUGUCGGAUAACCGCUGUCAUCGCACACGGCGCCACCUGCAGGACGCCGCUAUGAACUCUUCAUCAACAACACUUCACAUGUUGAGGGAAAAAAAACAUUUUUCAGACGUUAUUUUAUGGUUUGCAGAGAAACUUUGGGAAAUCUUCCUGUUUGUUUGUGUUUUGUUGGGUUUGCUUCAUCACACUGCCGGCGUAGCGGGGAGGGGAGCGACUUCCUGCUGGCAGGUCGAACGACACGCAGGAGGCUGGAGGAACGUCUCCGAGUUUCAGAGUGCUGGGAGGGGCAGGAAGGGUCCGAUGUAAAAAAUGUUAUUUGCACAGCAUUCCCAGAAUGCAGCCCCUCUGUUGUUUCCAUUUGUAUUUCUAGAAAUUAAGCACUACUUCUAUACAAAUAUCAAUAUACUGUACAUAAAACCAGAAAAAAUGAAUGUCAGACAUGUUUAAAUUAUUUCACAGUUGGCCCCUUUUAGGUUUAUAUGUGAUGUUUUUUUAUUAUCCAUACUGCUAAUGUUCCUACAUUAACCUUUUGUAUGUAACCCCAACAUGUCGUCGCUCUGUGUAAUAUAAGCUAAUAUAGCAGUACUGUAGUCGGCUUGCAUGGCAGCACAGAUCUUAUCCAACACCAACUCUUCUCAUUAUUUGUGCCAUGAAGAAGCAGCAAUAAUAAAAGUUUGCAUCAGACAUAUUUUAACAGGUUUCAGCUCCGUGUCAAUAUUUUCCAACAUUAAAAAGUGUUUUUGACUCGUCAGAAAA